UUUCCUCCCCUGUCCUUGUGCUCUUGCCCCACCUUUUGUCAAGUAUCAACAGGCAAACUUUAGAAGUCCACACCCCUGCACAGCACACUCAUGCACAUGUUUACAAUAGCAGUUAAGAUCAGCAAAUCAGAUGAGAACUGCAGCGAUACUGGGAUCUACUUUGUGACGAACCACCACGGGAAUGAGACUGAGGGACUUCCCAUCAACGACAUAGGAGUUUGUGAUCACUGUGAACAUAGACUGCUCUACUGAUUGUGAGAUUUAUACGGAGUGGCUGCUGUGGUUGUUUCUCAACAUUUGGAGUAUCAAAGACAGGGAACCAAUUGGUGGCAAGCUGGUGUGGGAUUGCUAGUCUCUAACAGCGUUCAUCUCUUUCUUUCUCUCUUUCUCCAACCACCAUGGUACCAUCUAGGCUGUCCAGUAUAUUCCUCCUCAACCAUACCUAACCUGCUUUAUAACCCCUUUUUAUAAUUCCUGCAGUGUAUAUCGUAUUAUUCUCUCUCUUUCCCUCUGUAUUCCCGCAAGCUGUCUUCAUCCCUCUUUUCCCACUACCAGAAACAAUGGACCUCACUUUGUGGCAGUACCAGUUCAGGAUCAUCAUGCUGGGGGACUCCACAGUGGGCAAGUCCUCCUUGCUGAAGCGCUACACUGAAGAUUUGUUCCUGGAGUCCAUCAACCAGACGGUGGGUGUAGACUUCUACGUUCACUUCCUGGAGGUGGAGCCGGGGGUCCGUGUCAAGCUGCAGUUCUGGGACACAGCUGGACAGGAGAGGUUCAGGUCAGUGACCCGUUCCUAUUAUCGCAACUCUGUCGGAGGCCUGCUGGUGUUUGACAUGACCAACCGAGCCUCCUUUGACCAUAUUAAAGAGUGGCAUGCUGAGGUGUGCGAGCGAGUGCAGCCGCAUAAGGUUCUUUUUGUCCUGGUUGGCCAAAAGAGUGACCGAGAUGCUCAGGGGGAGAGGGUGGUGAGCCUGGAAGAGGCUGAGAAACUGGCCGGACAGCUGGGGAUACCCUAUGUGGAGGCCUCUGCCAAGACAGGUCAGAACGUGAGGGACGCCUUUGAGCUGCUCACUCGUCGGGUUUACCAGGGUCUGUUGAGUGGAGAGGUAGAGCUGCAAGAGGGCUGGGAUGGAGUCAAGUGCACUGCACCACAGGCGCUGCAGUUACAGAGAGCCGGCCUGGCACAGCCCAGCACAGCCCCCAAGAACAACAAGAAGUGCUGUGAUUAAAUUGUGGACUACUACCCAUAUGCACUCAUGUUACUGUAGAACCAAAACCAGCCUAGGAAGUUGGACUUGUGGUGGAAUUUUACUGUAAUAACGGGACCAUCAUGAAACACACAGAUUUGAAAUGCAUUUUUUGCACUUUGCACCUUUGUUGUGAAGAUACAAUCUUAACCAGUAAUGUAAGAGACUCAUUUGAGGAAACACUUUGGGAUUUUGUAUUUACAAUACUUUGACAUUCCUGAAAUGAGUGAAGAUUUAACUUUAGAAAUAAAGGUUUUGUGUAAUUGUUAUUCUUAGCCAUGAUAGCGGCGUGGCAAUGUUGGUUGGUCAGUCAGUCAGUCGGUCCACCAUUUUGGUUCAGACUAAAAUAGCUAUAAACCCUAAAACUUUUCAUCUAGCACCACAAGCAGGUUGACAUUAGGUUUUGGGUGAAAUGUCUCGACAAUUAUUGGAUGGACUGCUGUGAAAUUUGCUACAGGUGUUGAAGGUCCCUUAACUUUAAAUCUAGUGCCAUCAUCUGUCAAAAUUUCAGUUUGCCCUAUACAUUGGCUUGUGACUAAAUAGCUGCAAAACUAAUGACAUUCCCAUCAGCCAUAGCUGUACUUUGUGUUUACUGCUAAUUGGCAAAUGUUAGCAUGCUAACAGGCUAAACUAAGGUGGUGAACCUCAUAAAUAUUACCUGCUAAACAUCAGCAUGUUAGCAUUAUCACUGUGAGUUUGAAUGUUGCUAGAAUUUAGCUCAAAAUGUGCCUUAGUUCAGCCUCACAAAGCUGCUAGCAUAGCUGUAAACUCUGUUUGUCUGUUUAAUUGCAAAAUCUAUAGUUUUUUGUAUUCAUAUGACCAAAAGUUGACAGAGAGGUUCACGCUCUCUUAUGUAAGAUGCUAGGCCAACAGCUGACCAGACUAACAUGGACUGAUGAGGUUAUUUCUUACCUCAGUUCAGUAGGGCAGGGGUUGUAAUGAUGACAUAUUGAGCCAAAGCCAUUGGUGCCAGAUGUGACUGCUUCACCACCGCAUUCAAUCUACAAGGAUGGGAUACGAUCACAUCUUCUCUAUUAUUGAUUUUUGGACCUCGAGACCUGUACAGUGGAAAAGUGGUUGCCAACCUGGGGGUCCUGAUGCCCCAAUAGGUCUUAAGAUAUAUCUGAGGGGUCAGAAGAUGAUUAAAAAAGAAAAAUUAUGUUUUUGUUACAAUUGUUUAUUUUUGCUUUUACUUUUUAUCUCUUUCAGAGUCAAAAAUGUAUCUUUAGUCAAACUGCUCAUGUCCACCCUAUGGUCGUAACUUGUAAUGAGGGGUUGUAAGUAGGCAUUGGUCAAAAAGGUUGGGAACGACUGCACUAUAAGGACAUUCUGCUUUUUCCUCAGAACCCAUUUCUGGACAUAUAUUAGUGAUUCUUGUCUAUAUUGCUCAUUCUGUCCAUGAGUGGUAGCAGUUAAGGUAUUGGGUCCCCUGGUUGAGAUUAGAAACAUCACCCAUCUAUGUGAAUUAAUAUUUUGGGCCUGAGUAGUUGUCUGGAAAAAGCUUUGUUGCAUCAUCAAUAAUUGCACAGCAUCCCAUAAGUGAGUGAUUGUUUUCAGGUGCUGUUGUUGAAAUUAAUUUAAUAAAAACUCUAGGGUGUCUUUGGA